AUGGACGUCCACUCCCAGUCCCACUUCCACAUCCCCAACCCCGCCGACCAGCACAUGCAGUACUCCCCCAACCACCAGCACCACCCACAGCAGUGGCCGUCCCGCCUUCUGCCUCCCGGUCCGCCCCAGUCCUCCUACUCGUCACCCGCGACGCCCUCCACGACGCUCGCAGACCAGUCCGCCUUCCCGAACUACUACCAGCACCCGCAGGAUGGCUUGGUCGACCGCCACUCCCUCUCCCUCAACCUCUCCUCCCUCUCCGUCGCUUCCCCGACUAACCUCUCCCCCAUCAACCCCUCCCCCCAUGCCUCCACCGCGACCAGCGGCGUGUCCCCCAUCACACCCAUCAGCCCUUCCAAUCAGAACAUCGCUCAACAAAACUUCGCACAUCAUACCCAGUUCAACCACCACCAGCACCAGAGCCAGUUCUCUUUUGCUCCCCCUGACCACGGCAUCCGCUACGACGACCCCCAGCAGUACGAGCUAAACGCCCGUCGCGUCGCUCUCAGCAGCCGCUCUUCCUCCUCCUCCGAUAAGUCCAUUCCCAGGAAGCGUUCCUUCAACGGCCUCCCCACUCUCUCCACAAACGUAGAGGAGUCCAUGUACGACGACCCCAACUCCGUCAUGGACCUCGGUCAGCACACCGGCUUUGAUGAGGUUGACAUGACAUACACCGCCAUGGACCCAAACGGCAGCCCUAUCGACGGAAACUCGAGCAAUGGAGAGCAGGACGAACAGGGCAAGUCCCUGGACGCCCAGCCGUCCUCCUCACAGUCCCAGUCGUCCCUCCAGGCCGGAAUGCCGAAUACACUACCCUCAAAGCCGCUCGGCACAAAUAACUUUGUAACAAAGCUAUAUCAAAUGAUCAAUGAUCCGAAAUCUGCCCAUUUCAUCGCAUGGACAGAGCUCGGCACCAGCUUCGUGGUCUCCAAUGUCGGCGAGUUCAGCCGGAGCAUCCUGGGCUCUCACUUCAAGCAUAACAAUUUUUCCAGCUUUGUGCGCCAGCUGAACAUGUACGGCUUCCACAAGAUCAAUCGAACACCGCGUGCCCAGCGCACUUCUACCGAUGCCCAGACGUGGGAGUUCUCGCAUCACAAGUUCCUCCGCGGCCGCCCAGAUCUCCUGGAAGAGAUCAAGCGGAAAGCGCUCGAGCCAGACCCCUCCAUCAAGCAUCGAGUCGAACUCCCCGGCGAGGUCGCAGCGCAGCUCAACCAGAUGCGGGACGAGAAUCGACGGGUCGCAAACUCGCUCGCCGCCGAAAAAGUACGCUUUGACCGUCUCGCCCACGUCACCAAGGCUCUCUACGAAAUGGUCUCCAAAAACCUCCCAGGCGGCAUGCCGAUACCGUUCCCCUCAGACCUUGUCGAUCCUACCGGCGAGAGUCCGAACAUCUACAUCACGUCACCUACCAUGACGGUCCCUUCCCACCCAUUCACCCAUCACGCGCCGUCUAUGCAUUCCCUCUCGAGCACCUCUCUCCACUCCCUAAGCCCCAACUCGAGCCCCACCACAGCGGAGUUCCCCACGCACGUGCACGCACAUAGCCUUUCUCGCCAGCCCUCGUUCCAACACCCCUACGACCCGCAUCUCACGGCUCGCUUCGACCCCCCGCUCUCCACGCCUCUGCCUCCCUCGCCCGGCGCCAUGGGACCCGGCACGCCGAUGGAUUUCGACGACCUCCAAGGCCGUAAGCGCCAGCGGAUCGUCUCGAGCAACGUGUCGAACGAUACGAAACGGCUUUCGCGCGCGCGCAGCGAUUCGGCGCCGCUGGGGUAUGCCAUGGGCCAGACUUGGGGGACGACGAGGCCGAGGAGCGGAAGCGGGCUGGCCCCGAGGCCGCCUUCGGUGAGGAGGGAGGACGUUAUCGUUCCUAGUAUCGGGAGCGUCGCGCGCGCGGCGAACGCGAACGCGAAUAAGGUGGUGGGGUCGCAGGGACAACCCCUGAUUCCGAUUGCACCUGCGAUGAAGCAAUCUCCGGAGUAAAACCUGGCGGGCGUUGUUCUCCUUAAAAUGCACCCCCGAGUAGGUGCUUAGUGAGUCGUCGUGUUGCGUCGUGUUGGAUUGCAUGGACUGGUGCGGCUUGUUGGGUCCGAUGGUCUCCCUGGUUCGGUUCGGCUGCUCGUUGCUUUGGACGCCCUGUGUGAUCUUUCAGUUGCCGUCGCUUGUUGCUUCCCCCUCGUCUCUUCGUCUUUUGCUCUGUCUCACUCACCUCACCCUCUAUAUCUCUACCAACCAACCCAACCCACAUGCUCCAUGCGCUCCUGUCUCCAUCUCCAUCAUAUCUUCAUACAAUGCUCAUAUAACCACAUAACCACAAGCCUCACAAAAAAAUUCAUUAUCCAUCAUCAUCAUACCAUGUCUCCAUCUUGCUCGCUCACAUUGCUCACAUAAACAUUACAGUCAUUUCUCGUCACUCUUCAGGUCUUUUCUCUCAUUGAUCAUCCACAUACGUGCAGCACGGACGUUCGUUUUUUAUCUACAGUUUAUCCAACUUUUGCCGUUCUUUGUCUUGUCUUGGUUUUUUUCGCUUCUCGCUUCGUGUGCUGCACGGUCCGGUUCUCGAAUCUCUGUUCUCUGUCUCGUCUUUUCCAGUGCGUUCAUCUUUCACUUCUACCUCCUUCAUUUACGUGUGCUUUUUUUGUCAUUUAUUAUGGGGCCCGGCGAUCGUUUGCUUUUCUUUUCUCUCGAUGCUUUGCUCAAUACCCCGUCGUCGUCGUCAUCACUCCGUCUGACAUCACGCACGGUCUUUCCUUCGUUCGCUCGGACUGAUACCGGUAUUAAUCCUCGUCGACAGCUCUUCAAACGCUCCGUCUGCAAUUUGCUGAGUUCGCUUUGGUCCUUUCUUUUUCGUGUGUAUACGUGUUCGGCUCUUUGCUUGAUUCAUUGCUUUUUUUCCCUGACAUCUUUGUUCCCGUCCAUCUCUCAUCGCCCAUUGAUCGGUCAUCUUUGAUAUCUGAUCUGUUCCGUCUUGCAGUUGGUAGUUGAUCCCCCUCCCUGUCCAUACACCCUUGAAGAGACCUUUCAUCUUUUUCUUUCUACCCCGCUCCUCUCCCUUGCUCGGUUUUAGCUACUCACUAGCUACAGUCCCCGAGUCAGAGAUGGAAACGUUCACGGUCGCAUGCGGUCGUCCUCGGUUUUUCCUCCUACUCUUUCUUUCCUGCCUUUGGAUCUUCAGAUGUUCAUUUCUUUGCCCUCCACCCGCGUGCGUAUACGUGCCCACUGAAACCCGUCAAUAUUUAGAUCCCCGUUUGUUACAUCUCAUACCAUCCC